AGAGGAAAAGGUAUAACAUCAAGCUUGCACAGAGAACGAGCGCAGUCUACAUGGAUGGUGAAGUGAGGAAAGCAAGACUCACGACUAGCCCGGAUUAUCUGUCCUUGGUGCCAACCAAGCUUGGACUAUAUCUGACCGUCCAAGCCUCUGGAGGGUGGUGGCUUCCACUCCUCUGAAUAUUUACCUCUUCCAUUCCAAACCUCUGAAGUUCUGUGCCAUGACUGACAACCAAGCAAGUGAAGCAGGAGGCCAGGAGAAGCUGAAACGGAAUGCCAAACCUCAGUACGACCAGAAGGACGAUAACCAAAAGGAGGCGCAGGGGAAGCCAGCAAAGCGUGAAAAAUCCCAUCGGCGGAGUCGUAGCAGUGACGUGGAGUGUCGUGGCAGACAGAGGGAGCGAACUCGGGAAAGCGUGGGAAAGAGAGAGCGUGGUCGGAGCACAGAGUCCAGACAUGGCUCAAAAAGGUGCAGCAGUGGUGUUACUAACUAUCCCCAGGACAACCUAACUGAUACUGAGUGUCCUAUCUGCUUCUGCAGCUAUGACAAUGUAUUUAAGACUCCCAAGCUGCUCUCCUGUGGCCACACAUUUUGCCUGGAGUGUCUGGCUCGCAUCAACGUCUCGUCUGUGGAGAUCAAGAAGCUGUCAUGUCCAGUGUGCCGGGAACUGACUGAAAUCCGGCACGGCCGAGACUUGGCAAAACUUGGCAACAAUGAGAAGGUUUUCAGCCAGCUACCACCUCAGAUGCAGAAGGCUCGGUCUGUUCGCUUUGAACGCAGCAAAGGCAAACUGGUCCUUAAGAACACUCCUCUAACGAGCUGCUUAAAUAAGAAGAGCACAGUUCUGCCAAUUGGGGUCAUGGAGGAAGGUCUCGCAUCGACUUCGGCUAUAAACGUAGGCAGACCUCCGAACAGGAUGAGGAGUCGCAUGGGAACGUUGUUCCGGUCCAAUAAUUGCUACUACACUGUUGUGAUCUCUAUCAUUGUGGUCGCGGUGGCUUUGGUCAUAAUGGGCAUUUUGAUCUUUGUGGUGAUGCCGAACGUGUUUUUUAUAAAGAAACCUAACAAUCACAACGGAGACGAUAACUAGAUGGAGGCAAACGCUGUAGGAUGAACUGAGGUAGAGAGCCUAAAAGCAGGAGAGCAAACCAAACUUGGACUUUGUGCCGGUUUUGUGGAGAUGACUUGGCUGAAAUGUAUCUGUUGGUCUCGCCAUCAUCCUCUUGUGUCAGUGGCCCAAUACAAAAAGGUUUAAAGCACUGUGUAUUGUAGACUUUUUUUUGGUCACAUGUACAGCAGUGUAAAGUAUACUUUAAAUAACCUUCUGUUACAUCUGGAUAAGUUCACCAGAUGAAUAUACUAUAUAUUGUAACAAAUGUUAUGAUUAUUAAAAUCGGAAAAACCCGAUUUUCCUUGCUUAAUCCUGUUCUGUUUUAAAGCUGUAUAGAAAAUUGCUUUUUUUUUUUUAAGGUCAGUAAAGAGCGUUCAAGAACAAAUUAACAGCACUGU